AUGCGAUCCCGCAGCAACAGUCUGGAGGACAUAACCAAGGCCAAGCUAGUGCAGGCGGACACGCGCAAGCGAUCUGCCGAACGCGAGGCGCCCUCGGGACGGGCCGAGCGCCGCAGCCGGUACCGCGAGCCGCCGGAUGACACCGGCACCAUCCAGCGGAACCACAAGACAACAAAGAACAGUACCUGCUCCGGCGGGAGCGGCAGCAGCAGCAGCAGCGGUGCCACGAAGGCCGGUCGCAGGGAGAAGGGCAGGGACCUCUCCCGGGAUGACCUGGUCUUUCUGCUGAGCCUGCUGGAGGGAGAGCUACAGGCCAGAGACGAGGUGAUCACAGUCCUGAAGGCGGAGAAAAUCGACCUGGCGCUGCUAGAGGCCAAAUAUGGAUUUGUCACACCGCAGAAGGUCCUGCAGGCUCUGCAGAGAGACGCCAUCCAGGGCAAGGCAGACGACUUCCAGGAGGACAUUUACGAGAGGCCCAUGGUUGAGCUGGAUAAGCUGGUGGAGAAGCAGAGGGAGACGCACCGGCGGAUGCUGGAGCAGCUGCUGAUGGUGGAGCAGUCGCACAAACAGGCCCUGUACAAGCUGGACGACGAGAAGAGGAACCACGGCGAGUUCAUGAAGAAGAGCGACGAGUUCACCAACCUGCUGGAGCAGGAGCGGGAGAGGUCGGUUUACUAA